GGUCCCUUAACCGAAAAACUUGCAGAUACACUAUUCUAUUUGUUGAAAAUUAUGUAAUCACAUUUUUUUUACCUGUUGGUGCAAGUAAGAAAAUGAAAAAUUAUCAGCAACAUCAGAUAAAAAGAAUCUGAUUGCUUCAUUUUAAACGAGUUGGAAAGUGUAUCUACAAGUCUUUCCGUUGAUAGACUUAUUUGCUCAUUUUCUCUUGAAAAAUUGUGUUAUUCAACAACACAUUCAACAACAGACAAUUAAUCCUUGAUUCAUGCCGGAACAUAAUUAAAGGAGUAAAAAAUGUGCGCAGUCAUUGAUGAUUUUGCCCCUACACAAUGCUGUGAGGAGUCAAGCAAUAUACGAAGUGCUGUUCAAUAUACGAAAUUUUGUUCCCGUCCGUUGAAAUUCCUUUAUGAAUAUGCGAAAUUCUGCACGCCAAUCGUUCGACGAAAUAGCCCAAAGUGGUUCAAUGUUUGUCUUGAGAUAUUUUUAGUUUUGAAAUUAUGUGGGUUGUAGUUGACCUUGAUACUGAUUAAAUAAUGCUUUGUUAUAUGAGGCCUUGGUUAUACCCAAAAGUUUAGCUUGAGAAGAUGAUGAACCUUGGGAGUGGUAGAAAAGCUGUCGAGGAUUUGAAUGAGUAUGAACGUUACCAAUCCCAUCAACACCACCAUAAUAAAGCUCAUAACUUUCGUUUUGAAGCUGUUUUGCUUGUUCUCAUAUUUUCAGUUGUUAGCCUUUCAUCUCUAGUGCUUUACAAUUGGGCAGGCUAUAUAGGCAUAUCUCCAAAUCCACUUGGUCAUAAACAUUUCCCGAAUGAGGCCUCUUCCUCAGCCUCCCCUGCCGCCAUUCUUGAUGAUGCAUUCCGAACCACCAAGGAAGGAGAAGAGGAGUUGGAGAAAAUGCUGAAAAAGGCAGCUUCUAUUGAUAGAACUGUUAUUAUCACAACUUUAAACGCAGCAUGGACAUCUCCAAACUCUGUUUUUGAUCUUUUUCUGGAGAGCUUUAGAAUCGGGAACCAAACACACCAUCUUCUGGAUCAUCUACUUGUGGUGGCUUUGGAUCAGACAGCCUAUUCUCGCUGUAUGGAAGUACACUCAUAUUGCUAUGCUCUGCAUACCCAUGAAGUUAACUUUACUGGCGAAGCAAAGUUCAAGAGCACCAAGUAUCUGAAGAUGAUGUGGGCAAGGAUUGACUUCCUAAGACACGUUCUGGAGAAGGGUUACAACUUCGUAUUCUCAGACGCUGACAUAAUGUGGCUUCGGAAUCCAUUUUCGCAGUUCCACCCCGAUUCAGAAUUCCAGAUUGCAUGUGAUCUCUUUAACUCCAAUUCAUCAGACCUGAACAACAUGCCCAAUGGAGGCUUCAAUUAUGUUAAAUCGAGCAGGAGGACAGUCCAGUUCUACAAAUUCUGGUACAGUUCAAAAGAUCUUUACCCAGGCAGUCAUGACCAAGACGUAUUCAACAACAUAAAGUUUCAUCCCUUCAUUACAGAGCUCGGCCUCCAGAUUACCUUCUUGCCGACGGUGUUUUACAGCGGUUUUUGUCAGCUCAGCGAUGACCUCAACCUUGUCAUUACUGUCCAUGCCAACUGUUGCUUCGGGCUGGAAAAAAAGGUCCACGACCUCGGGCUUGUGCUCGAUGUCUGGAGAGAGUAUAUAUCUGAUGUCAAGAGGGUGUCACACCCAAUCUCGUGGGGACUACUACCACAACACUGCUGGGGAAGAAACAUUUCCGCUGCUCCUAUGCAGUAGGAAGAUAAAAGCAAGAGUUUCAGCUAAUCGAAGUCUAGCGGCUAAAACGAUAAGCUUAAAAAUAAUCCCGAUGGGGGGUUUGUGGGAGCUGGAGCCUGUCGUCGGCUGGGUAUUGUUCGGCAAAGGAGGCUAAAGCAAUUGGAAUUAGGGACACUCUAAGUUGGCUUAAGGAGGGAGGUUGGGACAUUCUUGAUAUAGAAUCAGAUGUUUUACAUGUGGUUACGGCUAUUGAAUAGGAGGGUGUUUCUUCUCCGUUGGGGCUUAUUGUUGAUGAUAUAAGAGAUUUGAUGAAAGAAUUGAGGAGUACUUUGUAAUUUUUAAUUUUGUCCGACGGUCUGCGAAAUGUGUAGCUCGCGAGCCUGCUGGAGUGGCAUUUUCUUUUUCUGAUAGCCAUAGUUAGUUUAGUUAUAAGCCCAGUUGAUCUUUUAGUUUGUAAAAGAAUGUUUUCAGUUUCACAGAUAGUAUUAUGCAUUAUGUUGUUUUUAAUACUUGCACGUCAAAGGGAAAACAAUUAAAUUUUUCGUCAUUAUUAUGUGUAAUUGUGAAAUUUGAUAAGAUAAUGCUUUGAAAUAAGCAAAUUGACCAUGACUUUGACUGUGACGAUACGCAACAGAAAGAAUGAAAGCGGCAGGCAGAGUAACGAAUACACUUUGCCAGUUUGCCAUGUAAAAAGAGAAAACUAAUAAGGCUUAGCAAAAAGAGGGAUAUGUCUCCAACACCGGUCAUACAGUUGAUUCAGAUGACGUAAGUUGGACCUUAAUCACAAACUGACGGAUAGCGAAUGAGGCUCUGAUCCAGAUACUUACAGAGGUCUAUGUACUUUAUAUAGCUAAUUCUCGUCAUAGUUGGCGGGAUUCGAACUUAAGACUUAUCUGACACCCUCUUAUCUACUGGUUGAACUACGCGCACCGGCCCACAUAAAAACAAUCACGUAAAGAGGUGAACAAAUAUCUUGGUGGUGCACAAACUUCUUCACUCCUCUUUUUCUUGAAAUUCCCAUAUGCCAAACCCUUGAUAAGGAAGUGAAAGAGUUGGUUUGGCUGAAGUUGUUUUCCCAAUUCUUUUUCAGUUUUAACCGGUUAGACACAGUCUCAUUCUGGGGAAAGAAAAGGAAAGAGAGGGCCUUUGGAAGUGUCAGCUCGCCUAUCUCUAUCACAUUUACACACUAUUUUCUUGAUUCUAUUUGCGAAUUUCAAUUACUCCAUACCUGUCUUGUCUAAAUCAGAAAAGUUUAGAAUUUUUGCAACUGUCAGUUGAUCAGGAAUGUAUUCUUCCUAGGAAUGCUGCAUUAUUUACUACCAGUAGUGUUUAAUCCAAAGCUAGCUAGGUGAUGAUCAUUCAUACAUAAUCUAUACUGAAGUGAUCUUUCUGCUGGAGAAUCCAUGAAAAUGGCGUCGUCUGAGAUCAAUUUAGUGAUGACAGCGAUUGGGUUUGCACUGAGUUCCAUGUUCAUAGUUUAUGUCUGCGCCAGGCUUAUCUGUUCUAGGAUUCGUCUAUACUACACUCGUUCUGAUCAUAGCAUUAUAAAGCGCAGCUGUAAUGGUCUUGAUCCUUUAGUCAUAAGCAGCUUUCCUGUGAAGAAAUACAGUGAUGCUUUUUUUGCCUCCAUUCAAGAUGCUCAAUGCACAAUUUGCUUAGCGGAUUACCAAAGAGAAGACAGCUUACGCAUAUUGCCAUCUUGUGCACAUUACUUCCACCCGGCAUGUAUUGACAUAUGGCUGCAAAACAACUCCACAUGCCCAGUUUGCCGCAUUUCCCUACAAUCACUUUUCCGUAAAGAGCAUUUCAUGGAACCAUUGUUCAGCUCAGCUGUGCGGUCACAACGCCAUUUAUGCUCCAUUUUUGCCUCUUCAAGAACACACAGAAGCCCAAUAAUGGAUCCUGCAGUGCCUGACCAUGGAGAUUUGGCAUCAGUGUGAGAGUACGUACGUAGAAUAUAAUCAAUAUAUGUAGUACCAAGUAUUAGAUUAGCCAAAGCUAAAAGCAAUUGUACUAUCUGAACGUACGUAUGUAUGUAUGUCUUCUUGAGUCGAGUAAGAUCUAUGUUGCACGGAAACGCGAAAAUUAUGAGGAAACAGAAAACGGGAAACGUGUUUGGAGAGUUUCCAAAGAGUUUCCAUAGAGUUUAAUUUCCGAACUCUUUCCCGAGAGUUUCCGUGCUACAUAGGGUAAAAUAUAUGCAUAAUUAAACGGUACUUUACAUUACUUUUAUUCAUGUUAUCAUUGUCGGUGGAAUAUAAAUGGAAUUUCACCCGCUACAUAGGAUUUAGGCUGGAUAUAUGUAUAGUAUUGUUGGUUCAAACUUUAACGUAUAGUUAUGAUACUG